GGCAGCUUGAGAGGCGUUCAGGAGCAUUCGGUCCCAGGCAGGUUACAACUAGCAUACACUGGGUGUGCGAUGGACUCCCAACCACCGCCAAAGCCCUGGGAAAGGCGUAUUCCCGGGACGAUUGGUACACCUGUAAAUUACAGGUCUACAGACUUUGGACCACCUGCAGGCCUCUCUGUGUCAACCGGCCCUCCUGUCCUGACCAGAGUUGCACCACCGUUGCCCCCUCGUCCCGUCCAGCAGUCAUACCGUCCAGCUUACAGCUCCUUCACCUCUUCUUACAGUCCCUACGGGGGCUCCAUGUAUGGAGGCUACAGCCCCUACAGCUACAGCUACAGCGGUGGCUACGGCCAUGGAGGAUACGGUCGCUUCUCCCAAGCGCAGGAAGUUGUCCCCAGUCGCUUUGUGCAGCAGGCAGAAGAAAGCAGUCGCGGUGCUUUCCAGUCCAUCGAAAGCAUCGUGCAAGCCUUCGCCUCGGUUAGCAUGAUGCUGGACGCCACAUUUUCAGCGGUCUAUAACAGCUUCCGUGCUGUCCUGGACGUGGCCAACCACCUGACGCGGUUACGAGCACAUCUCACCAGGGUUUUGUCAGCAUUCGCUUUGGUGCGCACGUUGAGGUACCUCUACCGGCGCUUGCAGAGACUACUGGGACGGGGGUCAAAUGCUGAGGUGGAGGACUUAUGGGCCGACAGUGUAAGCGAUGCCCUGGCUACGAGUGCACCCAGAGGCCCUGGAGCAGCCAUGGACGAUCAAGCUGUUAAGUCGUGGCCAAUCCUUUUGUUUUUUGCUGUCGUUCUGGGGGGACCCUACCUAAUUUGGAAACUGCUCAGUUCUGCCACUGGCUCUGAAGACAGGGCCACAAACUGGGCCACUGGGGAGGACGACCACGUGGUGGCGAGAGCAGAGUAUGAUUUCACAGCUUCUACUGAGGAGGAGGUCUCGUUCCGAGCUGGAGAUAUGCUCAACCUGGCGCCUAAAGAGCAACAGCCCCGCGUGCGUGGAUGGCUGCUGGCCAGCCUGGACGGGCAGACCACCGGCCUGGUCCCAGCCAAUUACGUCAAGGUCCUGGGCAAGAGGAAAGGCCACAAGCACGUGGAGACGGAGUGGGAGCAAGGGAGCUCGCAGGCCUCCCGAACCAACGUCGCUGCAAACGUGAAUCCAUCGCCCGAGGAGUCGUUAGAGUGCGCGUACAAAGAAACACAAACGUCCAAGUCCAACUCCAGCGCGGUGGUUAACAUCCCGGAUAAAACUGACCUGUGACGGUUUGGUUAAGAACGUCAGCGAUUAUGAUGACAGCACUCAGUCAGUAGAUUCUGUGUUUCACUGUUAAGGUCGGCGCCUUAGAAUUUUAUCUGUAAAUGAUUGACAAGGAAAGUUUGAUGUGUCAUCCUGCUGCUUGGUGUCUUGAAAGCAAAAUGAUCAUUAUGAUGGUUAAAUGGGAAACUUUUGCUUCAUUUCAUAAUUGGUUUUCUUCAUUCAAACAUGUUUAUAAUAAUAAGCAGCUAAUUUUGCACAGCCUAAAUCACCAUAUUAGUGGUGUAUUUUGGAAAAUAAAUACUUUGGAAAAACCUGCCGUGUUCAAACCUUUUCCAGCAACAGCCACAUACUGAAAAAUGAAAGGAUGCAGGGGCCACUUUGAUGUUUUAUGUUUUUAAAUAUUUUUUCCAUCUCAGCUGUAUCCAUUUUUUUUUUUUACAUUUUCAAAAUUGUCUUCUCAAUUUUCACAAUUUUCUUCUCAUUUUAUCACUUUAUUCC